AACCGCUGCUCCUUUUUGUGCAUCAUUUUUUUUUAACUCUCUUUCAUUUCAAACACCCAAAUUAUCCGCCAUGCCGAUCAGCACCUCUGCAGUUUCAGGCCACACGGUGUGUGUCACCGGCGCCGGAGGCUUCAUUGCUUCUUGGCUUGUGAAGCUCCUUCUCCAAAAGGGCUACACCGUUAGAGGAACUGUCAGAAACGCUGAUGAUCAAAAGAAUGCUCAUUUGAAAGAGCUGGAAGGAGCUAAAGACAGGCUGUCUUUGUUCAGUGCUGAUCUUCUUGAUUUUGAUAGCCUUAAAGCUGCCAUUACCGGCUGCGAUGGCGUCUUCCACACCGCCUCUCCGGUCACCGACGAUCCCGAAAAGGUGGAACAAGCCAUAAUUGGGACAAAGAACGUCAUGGCUGCCGCUGCCGAAGCUAAAGUUCGACGGGUAGUGUUCACGUCGUCGAUCGGUACCGUCUACAUGAACCCUAACCGGAGCCCAGAUACAGUGGUGGAUGAGUCUUGUUGGAGUGAUCUCGAGUUUUGCAAGAACACCAAGAAUUGGUAUUGCUAUGCAAAGACAAUAGCUGAACAAACAGCAUGGGAAGUGGCAAAAGAACAAGGAGUGGAUUUGGUAGUGGUGAAUCCAAUGCUGGUUUUGGGGCCUUUGCUGCAAGCUGGUGUGAAUGCAAGCGUUGUUCAUAUAAUGAAGUAUCUGACAGGAUCUGCAAAGACAUAUGUAAAUGCUGUACAAGGUUACGUGGAUGUUAAGGAUGUUGCAAAAGCUCAUGUUUUGGUCUAUGAAACUCCUUCAGCUUCAGGCAGAUACAUCUGUGUGGAAAGCAUGCUUCACCGUGGUGAAUUGGUUGAGAUUCUUACCAAGUUCUUCCCUGAAUAUCCCAUUCCGACCAAGUGUUCUGAUGAGGUGAAUCCCAAGAAGAAACCUUACAAGUACACUGUGGAGAAGCUGAAGUCAUUGGGAAUGGAGUUUACACCUAUCAAACAAUGCAUAUAUGAAACUGUGAAGAGCUUACAAGAAAAGGGUCAUCUUCCUCUUCCUUCCCAAUUUCAACAUUGAUAUUUUUCAUGAGGCUUAUAUUCAAAAAUUGUAAUUUUUUUCAUAUUGGGAAAUUGGGGGAAUAUUGAUUUGUAAUUUAAAAUUUUAAUUACAUUCCUAUUAAUAAAGAUUCAAGCUUUUAAC